AAAUGUUACAGAUUGUCUCGCUGUACAAAAUGUAACUUCAUGAUUAAAUACUUAAUUCACCGAUUAUUUAAGGUACGACUUCACGAAAGGAUGCUACAAGAGCAAGCUAAGAAGAUGAACGUCAAGUCGUUGGCUUCUAAUAAGGAGGAUGCCAGCCGCAGCGUGGAGAUCAGGAUCGCGAAGGUGGCAUUCACAAUAUUCUUCCUGUUCGUGUGUGGGUGGACACCGUACGCGUUCGUCGCCAUGACUGGGGCGUACGGUGAUAGGAGUAUACUGACACCAGUGGCCACCAUGAUACCAGCUGUAUGCUGCAAAAUAGUUUCUUGUAUAGACCCCUGGGUGUAUGCCAUCAACCACCCAAGAUACAGGGCUGAACUUCAGAAGCGCGUUCCUUGGCUUGGAGUACGUGAAGCAGACCCUGAUAGUGCAUCUACCGCAACGAGUGUCGUUACUGCCCAAACAAAUCCACCAGCUGAAGCUUAAGCGUUUAUUGAAUUGACUAAAGAAAAUACGAAAAAUUUACGCAAUCGGAACAAACUUGAGAACUGGAACGAGAUUUUGUCGGAAUAAAUCCCCCAGCUUAUCUUUUGGAAAUAAUCGUUAUUUUGUUAACUAUUUAAAUUUAGAUUUAAGGAUUUGGCCUUAUUAAUUUAACGAAACAAUUUUUUUAACAGAAUUUGUUUUGAAAACAAAAUUUGUACUUGGCAUUAUAAAAUGAAAUUGUCCUAAAGUAACAGUCCUCGAGUAUUAAAUUAUCAGCUAUAUUAUUAAUUAAUUUGAUGAUAUAUUUUAGUUGUAUCAUUUUCCGUAUUUAUUUAAAUCAACAAUGAAUUGUGUCCAAUGGAAGACAAAUAUUUUUUAUUUUUAAAUCCAUUGGUAUCUUCAAUUCUUCAUAUAUUAUAUGAAUGAAAGUUUUAAAAUCCCAUACAUUGUAAAUGUAAUAAUUGCUUGUAUACGAAUUACAACACUGACACGUGUUU